UCGCGCCAGCUGUGUUCCUGCCUUCAGUGUAAAGCCGGGUGUGUGUGGAUACAUUGACCUAAGCACCAAGUCACUGAAGUAUUUACAGUCCGAGGAGCACCUCAACAAAAUUGAUAUGUCUGACGAAAUUCUACCUGAAGGCUGGGAAAAACGCGUGAGCCGUUCCACAGGACAACAUUACUACUUGAAUGUCUAUACUAAGGAAAGUCAAUGGGAUACUCCUACGAGUCCUGCAUCUUCUAGUCAUGGUGGUCCAUCCAAAGUUCAGUGCAGUCAUUUACUUGUGAAGCAUGAGGGAUCUCGCAGGCCGGCUUCAUGGCGGGAAGAUAAUAUAACUCGAACAAAGGAUGAGGCAAUUGAAAUAUUGAAAGGUUAUGAGGAAAAAAUUAAGUCAGGGGAUGCAACCCUUGCAGACUUGGCAUCUAAGUACUCUGACUGCAGCUCAGCAAAACGAGGUGGUGAUCUAGGUCCUUUUACUCGAGGGGCAAUGCAAAAGCCGUUUGAGGAUGCAGCAUUUGCUCUUAAAGUUGGUGAACUGAGUGACAUUGUGGAUACUGAUUCAGGGGUGCAUCUCAUUUUACGCACUGCCUAAAACAGUUAUAUUCCAGCUCCGUCAGUGUUUCUAUCUUUAAUUUUCUGAAGUGUACUCGCUUUAUGAGGAAAAACAAUUGUAGAAAUUAUUCAUGUUGUGUUCCUUUUAAUUAUUUUGUGUGGAAAGUAAUGCUAAAGCAAUGACCCUUGUUAUUUGUAUCAACUGGAAAUAGCAACACGAGCCCAUUGGCUUGUGAUACAGUGGUUUUGCUGUUUAACUUGUAAGCAAAGAUUAGUUGUUCUCCUCAAGAUUUUUUCCCUUUUCUUUUACUUCAUAGUACGUUUGUAAUAAUUGUUACCUGACUUCUUACAUAUCCAUGACUGGAAGACCUCUGAAACAAUUAUUUGAUGUAUGAACACUUCUUUAUGGAGGAGACACUGAUUUUAUUUAAGUUGCAUUUGCAGAGAUCGAGUUACCUGGAUUUUAGUUUUAAUUUCUAUUUCAUAAUAAAAUUAUGAUGUGUUUAAAGAAUAAGUUGAAGUCAUUAGUGUGGCUUCAUCUGGAACUUUUCAUAAUACUUGAGGUAGCUUACACAUAAUUCCUCUUACUAUUUCAUGCAUAAUGCUUAGCCCAUUUGCUAAUCUUCUAUCAGUACCUCAAAUUAUUUUAAAAUAAAACGUUUGUGUCAAAAGAGUCAA